AUGCGCGUGUCUGCCACCACUCUCCUUGCCCUGCCGCUUCUCGCGACGGCGGCUGAGUCGCAAUUCGAGCAGUACAAGGCCCAGUUCCAGAACUUCCUUAGCUCCUUCGGUGGCUCUGCGCCUAGUGUCAAGCAGCCAGAAGCCCCCGGCGAGGCUGCCGUGCCCGAGCCAGUGACCGAGAAGAAGGUCUCAGUCCUGACUGUCGACAACUGGAAGGAUGUUCUCUACGCUCCUGUCAAGCCUGAGGCUGCGAAGCCUGAGGAGUGGUGGGUUCUGAUCACUGGUCGCAACAAGACCUGUUUCGGCCACUGCGAGAAGAUCGAGACUGCUUUCAACGAGACCGCGACCAAGUUCGCCAAGCUCCCCGAAUCCCCCCACAUGGGUCUCAUCAACUGCGAUGACCAGCCUGUCCUCUGCAACGCUUGGUCCGCCGGCACUGCGUCCAUCUGGUCCAUCAACAUGCUUCCCCAGGGAUCUCAGGUCGACAUCUACAGGAAGCGUCUCAACGUCACUACUACGACGUCGGAUGACAUUGUCGACCUGUGGAAGAAGAACGACAAGGAGGAGUGGAUUUUGAACGACAACAUCUUCCACCCUUUCAACAGCUGGGUCGCUCAGAACAACCUGUCCAUCCCCGUCGGCUACUUCUUCUGGGCCUUCAACUUGGUCCCCAACUGGCUCUUCAUGCUCCUUGUCUCCUUCGGCAGCCGUACCCUGAUGAACCGCCGCAUGAACAACACCAUGGACCAGCGUCAAGCUGGCGCUGGCGCUCCUCCUGCUGCUGCUGCCCCCGCCGGUGGUGUUGCGCGGUAA